UUUAACCACAAAAACUAUUUUUUCGAGAAUUUGAAUAAAAAAACUAAGCUUUCCACACAAAUCAAACAUAUAAAUAAUAUAUUUGUCUUUACUUUUUCUUUAAAAUCACUCCAAAAAUCAAAUUUUCCCCACUGUCUCAUUUAAUGUUGAUUCAGCGAGUUGUACCAUUCAAAAACACACCCUCACUUCUUCACUGCUUAUUUUCUGACAGGAGUUCUAUCUGCAGCUCCCAACGUUCGAAACCAUUUUUUGUUCUUGCAGCAAUUUACAUUUUUCUUGAUAAAGAAACGAUUUUGGCUCAUAAAAAUUGAAUCUUUGCAAAGAAGGGUCCUCGUUUCAACUCUGCUGCGUCUAAAGAAGAGGCUGUGGUUUUCAUGCCGGUGAAAUCAUUUCUUGGUUUGUUGCAGUGUGAUACAGAAUAUGUUAUUCCAUCUUGUCCCUUAAGUGAUUGUGUUGUAACAUUGGAUUGCAAAGAUGGGAAUCGAGAAGCAAAGCUCCAAGAGUGGUGUUGGUAGCUUCCUCCAACUAUUUGAUUGGAAUGCAAAAUCUCGAAAGAAGUUGUUCUCGAGCAAGUCAGAUUGCCCCGAGAAAUCCAAGCAGAAAAAGAGAUGUGAUGGGAACUUGCCUAUGACACGCCUUGAUAUGAUGGACGAGGAUGAGGUUUCAGCUCGACCAAGUAUGAAAGGAAGUAGCGUUUAUAGUUGUGCUUCAUCUGUUGUAACUGAUGAGGAUUUGUAUGGAAGCAAGGGCCCCGGAGUUGUAGCACGCCUCAUGGGAUUGGAACCCUUGCCAAAAUCCAAUACCCUCGAGCCCUGCACACCGUUUUCCUACAGCCACUCUCUUCCUGGCUCGUACUACCAAUCUAAGACUCUUGAUUAUCGCCAAGACCCUCAGAUCAUGCAGUUGGGCUCCUUGCAGCAGCAGCCCGGUGUCCAAUCUGUCACGGAGCCUAAGUAUCAGAAGGUGAAGCAGAGGCCGAUUGAGAAGUUCCAAACCGAAGUUUUGCCACCAAGAUCAGCUAAAUCGAUACCUAUUACUCAUCACAAGCUCCUUUCUCCUAUAAAAAGCAAGACUUCGAUCCCACCUAAGGAUGCUGCUCACAUCAUGGAAGCAGCUGCUCGGAUUCUUGACACCGGGCCUAAGGUGGUUAAAAAACCGGUGCUGCCAUUGGCUAGUUCGUCUCUGAAAGUAAGGGAUUCGAAGGAGAAGGUCCAAGCAGCACAUAAGCCUUUCCCAAAAGUUUCUGAAGGUUCUCAGAGGUCGAGAGGUGUGAAGAACACUAGGGGAAGCUCUGUUACUAAGAGCUCGAAUAGUGGCUCCGUAGAUGCAAUGUCUGUAAGCAGUUUGCAAGAUUCUGCCGAAGUUACAUCCGCUGUGAAAAGCAAGGGAAAGUCCAUUUCACUUGCACUGCAGGCUAAAGCCAAUGUCCAGAAACGAGAGGGUCUAAGCUCGACUAGGAGCAAGGCUGAAGCGAAUGUUUACAGUCCAAACAUGCUAUUCACGAGUAAGUCGGGGGCACAAAAGAGUACUCCUAACAAGAAGCCAUCCACACACAAGAAUUCUGGUGUGCUCCGACAGAAUAAUCAGAAGCAGAACUGUGUUGCUGAUAAAGGAAAGCCGCCUUUGAAGAAAGCAGUUGGUGGGGAUCAGUCUUUUGUGAGGCGACAGAAUUCCAGUAAACCGUUAGGUACCUCCAAACUGAGCUCUAGGAAGUCGAGCACAGAGACUAGAGAUGACAAAAGCAAUACAUCGUCUUGUAGCUCAGAAAGAGUCACUUGUAAAAAGAGAUCCAUUGAAGGGAAAGUUAUGCAGUCUGCUGAUAUCAUGGAUACACAAAGUGGUGGAGGAUUGGAUGUCAUCUCAUUCACGUUCACUACUCCAUUGAGGACGACUGAGUUUGAAGAAAAUAGAAAGCCCUACCCCGUGGAUUCUCCUAGUAAGAGGAUGAUGCUGAAUGCAGAUGGUAUGGCAGCUUCAAAGUUCACUUUCUCGGGACAUAACGUUAGAGGAGGCGACUCUUUAAGCACGUUUCUAGAGCAGCAACUUAAAGAAUUGGCUCAUAAGGCUGACUUGUCCCAUCAGAAAUCGGGGCCUGUUUCUCUACACAGCUCAAGCGUGCUAGGAGACCAUAAAACGAGAAGCGGAGAUUACUCAUUUGAUCCGUUAGGCCAGCCAGGGUCAAGUUUUCGCACCCUUCGACACUUUGAGGGCAUGAGUGGACAGAAGAACAUAUCACUAGACAGGACAUUUCUCAAUUACCGACAUCCAAGUCCGGUUUCUGUUUUUGAACACUUUUCCUUCACAGAGAGCUGCAAUUCAUCAGAUAGUGCAGAGAGUAAUCGUGGUACAGAAGGUGGUGGAAACAAGUGUACAUCACUUCAAUCCGAGGACUCACUCAGUAGGAAUUCCAUGAACACGUUCCUUUCAUGUGAAGUAGAUUUCGACCUAUCAGACUCAGCUUCUUCAACUUCUGCUGGGACUGUAGCAAAGAGGAGAGAGAUCACCUUAACCUCGGCCAGACAGGGGAAGCUGAAAAGCUGGGAGUUCGACUAUGUUAAGAUGAUGUUAUGUGGCAUUGAGGUUAUGUUUAAAGAUUAUGCUAUGGGAAGAUCUACUGAGAUCAUCAGCCCUCAUAUGUUUGAUCAGCUGGAAAGUUGCAAGAAGUGCUUCGACGGCUCUGAGCUCGUCUCAAGCAUGAGCAGGAGGCUAGUGUUCGACUGUGCGACAGAAUGCUUGGAAACGAGAUGCAGAGGAUAUGCUGCAGGAGGGUAUGAGCUGUGGGCUAAGGGUGUUAGCACAGUGAAGAGGAAGGAGAGACUAGCUGAAGAUGUAUGUAGAGAGAUUUCGAGAUGGGGUGGCAUGGGAGAUUUCAUGGUCGAUGAGCUCGUGGAGAGCGACAUGAGCUGUAGCACAUACGGGAAAUGGCUCGACUACGACAUCGAAAGGUUCGAGCUUGGGUUACAGAUUCAGUCGCGCAUUCUUAAUUCUUUGAUAGAUGAGGUAGUUGCUGAUAUCUUGGUUCUUUAAUAACUUUGAACACCAAUUUCAUCGUAUAGUUUGCUUCGAUUUUUUAUUCCAACUGAUAAUUUUCCUA